UUAUUUGUUUUUGGAGGGAUUUGUGGAGAAGGGGAAGUGGUGCAGGCAUUUCCGCCUGUGGACGAGCUAUGCAGGCCAGACUGGCUGGUCACCUGCCUCUUGUGAUGUGGAGUAAGCUCACCAUCCACUUCUUAUUGUUUUCAGAGGUAUUGUGUGUGGCAGUAAAAGACAUUCGUUUACUAUCCGACAGCAAUAAGACGGAAUAUGCACUGCACGGGGAGGGCGCAACUCUAACUUGUGACUAUGUUAUCGAGGGAGAAGCGGAGAAGGUGACGUCCGUCAGAUGGAACAAAAACGGUCGCGACGUGUAUGUUUGGAAAUGGAACCAACCACCGACUGCCUACGGAGUAUUCGAGGGUCGAGUGGACUUAAACAACAACUCACCCGGAACAAUUUACAUCACUAAAGUACAUAUGGAGAUGGAGGGGGAAUAUACCUGUAAAGUGCAGACAAACAUUAAAUCUGCAGAAUACGAUUUCUACUUUACUGUUAUUGUUGAUUCGUGUAAAGAGAACGACUGGGAAACUCACACGGAUAUGAUAACGUGCACGGAGCGAGUAUCCAUGAAAUGUCGUGGAAUGUUUCCUAAACCAUCGCCCGCCUGUGGAAUAUAUAAUGAACUGACCGGAAGUUACUUGAUCAGCUUGACAUUCGAUAGGGUUAUGGUUUCCGAUAACGGAACAUACGACAUCACUUUUUCCAAAUGGUUCAACGUUCGCGAUUGGUUGAAUUACACAGAUAUAUCUUUCCGUUGUUAUGUCAUAGUUCUAGGAACUAAAUGGAGAAACGGAAUACGUCACAAAUUAUUUGGCGAUCCGGGAUGUCUGUCGUAUCCUCCGGUGAUCGAAAAUGGUUACUUCAACAUAUCCGAAGAAACUAGUUGUUGGGGGAUGCCUAGAGAAGGGGCCACCACCACUUAUCAUUGCCUGAAUGGCUUCAAUCUGAUCGGAAACCCAGUUCUAAAAUGCAGAAACGGAACGUGGUCGACGGAAACGACAGCUUCUGAAUGGAAGAAACCGCAAUGCAGUAACGGAGGAGCAUCUUUUCCGACCUCGAAUGUCUUAACCGUGGUAUUUGCUGUGAUAAUUCUGGUUCUACUGACGUAACAUCACCGAUAAAAAUCCGACAAGACAAGUACAGGCGGCUCACACGUCACAGUUUGAAGUGCCGACGUCAUAGAGGGUCGUGUGAUCGUAAUUCCGGUUUUGCAGGAAGAAAUCGUAAUCGGUCGAUAAAGGACCCACAACAGAUGUUUUAUUCGACGUUAAACGAUUCAGGAAUUAAAAUAAGAUUUUCUUUGAUUUGAUUAACAAAAAAUUGAAAAAUGUCAUUGUUUAUUGACUAGGAAUGAGUAAAAUCUAUGAUGAUUAUUAUUAUAUUUGUUUAUAAUUAAUAUAUAUAUAUAUAUAUAUAUUUAUAGUAAAUAUUUGGGUUUAUAUGCAAAGGUGAAGUUUAUCGAUCAUGAGGAUUAUUAUUAAUUUAAAUAUCAUAAAAUAGUUUAAAGCAAAUAGCAGACUUUUUCUAUUGUUUGUGUAUAUUGUAAAUAAAUCAUGUAAAAAUGUAUAUUGAAUGUAAAAAUGCAAAAAAAUAUAUAUAUAUAAUAUAAUGUAUGCAUAAUAUAUAAAAUGUUACUUUCUAUUCUAAAUAGUUUUUGGGAAAUUUCUUUUUAAUUUUUUGAAAUUAGAAUUCAAUUUACAUUCCAAAUUGUGUCAUAUAUUUGCCUUCCAUCGUUUUAUCAACAAUUUCUGGUUUUGUGAAGCGAUCCUGUCACGAUAUACUCUGGUUCUACGUUUCCUACAAUUUCCUGUCUGUGAAAGUAAUGAAAAUGGGAACAAAUGACAAUAUUUAACUGCCCGAAAGCACGUGAUUGAAAAGUUUUCAAUUAUUUAUAAAACUUUGUUGGAGUUAGACAAUCCUCACUUCGGUGAUGAAAAAUGAAAUAAAAUUUUAUUUUAAAAACUUGUUGUUUAUUUAUUUCUCUUUCUCAAAGUUAUUUGUUUUUUGACUGUCAUAU